AUGAAAGUUUUCCAAAGCUCAUUCAACUACGACUACUCCUUUCCCGCCGUCUGCCUCGCCUUCUUCCUCCGCUAUCCGAACCCUUACUCCGGCCAUGUGCUGACCACCGAUGUCAUCGACCGCUAUGUCGACCCAGUCACAGAGCGCCUGCACACCACCAGGCUGCUCCUCAAGGGGUCCAGGGCCCCCUUCGCCGUGUUGAAAUUGUUUUCCAAGCUAACUGACGGCAUUGAGAACUCGAACCAAAGCUUCAUCCUAGAGACGACUGUCGUAGACCCCAAGGAGGGCUGGAUGCGUAGCGAAUCACGCAACGUGGAAUGGACGGGAAUCCUCACCAUCGUGGAAAAACAACUCUACCGCAGCCUCCCCUCCGCCUCAGACGAAAGAGACCCCCCCAAGCCCCGAACAUGGCUUUCAGGCACAUCCACACCCAUCGACGACCCCAUGGAUGAACGAACAUCCGUGAAAACUACCGUCACUUUCAACUCAAGUCUAGGCCAAGGGAUGCUCAACCCCACCCAACCAACCGACGACGCUGGCAAUCCCAUCUACAGCGAGGAAGAAGCGCACACCAAACGCGGCAUGCUCGCCGCGUGGUCGACGGCCCGAAUCCAGCGGACCAUUGAGCUCAUGGGCGUCAAGCGGACGCGGGAUGCGGUCUUUAGGAGCAAGUUGGGGAUGAACGUUGUGCUGGAGCGGCUGCGGAGUGGCGGGAUAGUUGGUGUGCUUGAGGGGAUGCGGCGGGAUCGUGAGGCGGGACAUGAGGUGCCGUGGAAGAGGGUGUGGAUGCAUGGGACUCAUGGGCAGGAGCAGUCGCAGUCUCACACCAAUGGGGAGGAGGAUGGGUGA